UAUGUGUUUGCUAAGAGAGUAGGGCAUAAAUAUUCACACAAUUUAUCAGAGUUAGAGUUAACAAAAGUAGUGACAAUUCAACAAAACAAAUGUUCAAACCAUGUGAUCCACGUGUUUGUCCACUCAGCCGCACAAACAUCGGGUAAAUACUAUGACCGACGACGUGUCACCCGUGAGACGUGGGCUAAGGAAGCUUUUAAGCAUAAUAUCAAAGUUGUGUUUGUUUUGGCAAAACCACGUAAUUAUAGUCUUCAAAGAGAUAUACUCAUCGAAUCCAAUCAUUUCGGUGAUAUUCUUCAGUUUGAUUUUAUUGACGAUUAUCACAAUCUCACACUUAAAGCCAUUGGUCUUUUGCGAUGGAUUUCAUUGUAUUGUUUGUCUAAUGAUUAUGUCAUUAAAACAGAUGACGAUAUUGUAGUAAAUACUGAAAGAUUAAGAGAAAGGAUCGAAAACAAGACAUUUCAUUCAGGAAUAACUGGAAAAUUAUUUAAAUAUUCUAAACCUAUACGUGAUAUUAAUAAUGAAAUGGCAGACAAAUGGCUGAUCCCUAAAGAAGUAUUUGAUGAAGACUAUUAUCCGCCUUACUUGUCGGGUGCCGCUUAUGUUAUAUCAACCGAUAUUAUUAAUAAACUGUACAAAUCGGCCGUCAAUAAUACUGGACCAGUUCUGGACAUUGAUGACCUGUACAUAACUGGAAUUAUAGCUCAAAAAUACAAUAUAGCUAUUCAUGACAGUCCCGAGUUUGUCUUAAGCACUACAAAUCGUCACAAUAUGUGCGGUAUUGAAGUGUGCCGUAUGUUCACUAUAUCAACACUCCAUGGAUGUCAAUCAGUCAACCAAACUCUUCAACUAUGGAACAAAUGGAUGAACACAACAAUGGAUUCUUGUCAUAACUAUUUUGUUAAACUUCACCGAAACACUACUUCAGCAACUAUUGCACUAAUAAUUUCAUUAACUUUGUUAAUCACUUUUAUCUUUUCUAUGAUAGCUAUGAUAAUACAAUAUUAUGCAAAUUAUAGGGACCUGAGGUGGCAAAAGAUCAGCACAAAUGCUUGACUUUAUCAUCGAUAUAUAUAUCAUUGAUUACACAAAUUGUUCAAAUAAUAG